GGGACUUUUAUUGUGACAGGUGAUCUGUGUGUAAACCGACAGUGUUUCCUGUUGCAGAACGGUUGCUGCUGCGUGUGUUUUUAUAGGAGGUGUAAAACACAGUUACAGUUAUCCAGGACUGUGUUGGUGAGACAUGUCAGUGACAUGUUGGCAGAAGCUCUCAGUGAAGCAUUUGUCCAGAGCCCUUUGCAUAAGGACCUGUACGAGUGUUUUAGAAACAUCUCGGAGGAAAUACAGCCACCUUAGCCAUUCUAGUACUGCACAGUCUCCCAGGAGAGUGGUCAUCACUGGAAUUGGACUUGUGUCCCCGCUUGGAACAGGAACGGCUCUGCCCUGGCAGCGUCUGGUCGAUGGAGAGAGUGGGAUUGUUGCACUGGACUCUGAGGAAUACAGAACUGUGCCGUGUAAAGUGGCGGCACGAGUCCCUAGAGGAGAUGGAGAGGGCGAGUUUAAGGAGGAAAGGUUUGUUGGAAGAGGGGAGAUGAGCUGCAUGUCAUCUGCCACAGUCAUGGCUGUCGGGGCAGCUCACCUGGCUCUGGAGGACUGUGGGUGGUAUCCCAGAAGCCCAGAGGAGCAGCUAAACACAGGAGUGGCAGUAGGCAUGGGCAUGGUGUCCCUGGAGGAGAUCGCCCGCACCGCUGCAGCCUUUGAGACGCGUGGGUACAGCAAGGUCAGCCCUUUCUUCGUCCCACGUAUUUUGGUCAACAUGGCGGCUGGACACAUCAGCAUCAAGCACAAACUCAAGGGUCCCAAUCACGCCGUGUCCACGGCCUGCACCACUGGGGCUCACGCUGUUGGUGAUGCUGCACGUUUCAUCGCACACGGUGAUGCUGUGGUGAUGGUUGCUGGCGGCACGGAGGCUUGUGUAAGUCCCCUGUCCAUAGCGGGCUUCGCACGAGCACGGGCCCUCAGCACCAACUGGAACCAGCAGCCCAAGCUGGCCUCGCGACCCUUCCACCCAGAGAGAGAGGGUUUCGUGAUGGGUGAGGGAGCAGCGGUGCUGAUUCUGGAGGAGUACAGACAUGCUAUGGAGAGAGGAGCACGAGUGUACGCUGAGGUGCUGGGUUAUGGACUCUCAGGAGAUGCCAGCCACAUCACUGCGCCCACUGAAGAUGGAGAUGGAGCUUUCAGGUGCAUGUCUGCUGCUCUACGCAACGCUGGCGUAUCGCCUUCAGACGUGACUUACGUGAACGCUCACGCCACCUCAACACCACUAGGGGACGCUGCAGAGAAUGCUUCUAUAAAGAAACUCUUCCAGAAACAAUCCCCGUUACUGGCCGUUUCGUCCACUAAAGGGGCCACAGGGCAUCUUCUUGGGGCCGCUGGUGCUCUGGAGGCAGCGUUCACAGCACUGGCAUGUUACCAUGGUAUCCUGCCUCCGACUCUCAAUCUGGACCGAACAGAACCGGAGUUCGACCUGAACUAUGUGCCCUGUGUUUCUCAGCCCUGGAGCACUGACGGCCCGAGAAUAGCUCUCACUAACUCCUUCGGGUUUGGAGGCACCAAUGCCUCUCUGUGUCUGACCAGUGUGUGAGAUGAUGUUGAUGGUUGUCGUACACUAAAGCAGAUCAGAAAUAAGGAAUUCACUGAACACUGUUAAGUAUUUUGUCAGCUUGUUAAUUUGUCCGUUGAUUAAAUAAAUCAAUGUGAUAUUUCUCUGA